UGACGGAAUCGGGCCUUUCUAUGGUUGACUGGCACCUGGUGAAAGAGAUGAAACCCCCGAGAACGCAGCAGGAGUGGGAAGCUGAGUUCCAGAAGUACCAGCAGUUCCCGGAGUUUAAAAUCCUGAAUCGCGACAUGACGCUGACGGAGUUCAAGUUCAUUUGGUACAUGGAGUAUUCGCACCGCAUGUGGGGCCGUGCUGUGGGGCUGGCCUACAUUCUGCCCGCCACCUACUUCUGGUGGAAGGGCUGGCUCAGCCGCCCCAUGAAGGGCUGCGUUCUGGCGCUCGGCGGGCUGGUCUGCUUCCAGGGGCUGCUGGGAUGGUACAUGGUGAAGAGCGGGCUGGAAGAGAAGCCAGAAUCUUACGACAUUCCUCGGGUCAGUCAGUACCGUCUCGCAGCGCAUCUCGGCUCCGCGCUGGUCCUGUACUCUGCUAGCCUGUGGACGGGGCUGUCUUUGCUGCUUCCACGACACAAGUUACCUGAAACCCAUCAGCUCCUUCGCUUGAGACAAUUUGCUCAUGGCACUACAGCUCUCAUUUUUCUUACUGCUCUUUCAGGUGCCUUUGUGGCAGGGCUGGAUGCUGGCCUUGUGUACAAUUCCUUCCCCAAAAUGGGGGAGCGCUGGAUCCCAGAUGAUCUCUUUGCCUUCUCCCCUGUGCUGAGAAAUAUUUUUGAGAAUCCUACAACUGUACAGUUUGAUCACAGGAUCUUGGGAGUCACCUCUGUCACAGCUGUCACAGCACUGUACCUCUUCUCGCGGAAGAUCCCACUUCCUCGCAGGACCAGGAUGGCAGUGACUUCCUUACUGGCUGUGGCUUAUAUGCAGGUGGGCCUGGGCAUCAGCACCCUGCUGCUGUACGUCCCCACGCCUCUGGCCGCCACGCACCAGUCGGGCUCCCUGGCGCUGCUCAGCACGGCACUCUGGCUCAUGUGCGAGCUCCGGCGGGUCCCCAAGUAACCCACCAGAGGGAGAGCCCUCCUGGGGGAGCUGCGCCGCUGAGCCCGGAGACGGCAGAGACCC